CUUUUGGUUACAAUAAUGAGACAAAAAAGUGUAUCGAACAUCAGAUCUACAUGAUACAGCAUUUAUGUUAUUAAUUACAAAUUACAAGUUCAUAUAUUAUACUAUUUAGUAUGUACAAUAAUAAUACUAGAGAGGAAAUUUCCUUUCUGAUAAUACAUACCAAUAAUACAUACAAUAAUACAUACCAAUUUAUUUAUUUAAAAUACUUUCGAGACUUUAAUUACAGAACAGCUUGCUUUUCCAUAAAAUAUACAAAUUUACUACAAACAAGAAAUUUUCAAAGUUUCAAAUUUGAUACAAUUAUAAAUAUCCGUUUAUUAAAACCCAAGAUCAUAAAUUAAAUAGACAUACAUAUGUAUAGAGCAGUCAUCUAUUUACUAUAUCAGUUUCGCUUCUGUAAUGGAGCAAGUAUGUGGUUUUAAAAUUCAAAUGCUCUAACACAGCCGUUAAUAACAAGAUUUUCCUUCAUCUUGUAUUAUGUUAUAAAGUGAUCUAAAUAUUUACCGAUUGAAUUAUGUUCUUUAUAAUUCUGUCAUUAUAAUUGAUAUUACCUAAUUACCUAAUUCUGUACGAAGCUAUCAAUUUUAUAUCGAUGUAAUGGCCGUAAGUGCAUCUUUCCAUCGAAAUGUACUUUUACUAUCUCAAGUAAUUCAACCUAGUGAUGAGUUCAAGAAAUAUUUUCGCGAGGGAAUGUUUGACAAACCCAACACAGUAGGCUUUUUACAUAUUUCAUAUUACUUAUUAACAAUAUAUGAUUCAGAACGUUUUAAAAAGCUAAUUGAAUGGCCUAUAAUUUGCAAAAAGACUGAAGCAAAGUAUCGUAACAGUGUCAAAGACUACUUAGUAAUUAUAUCUGCAGAAAAUCCUGACAUUGGUUUUCCAAGUAUACUUAUAUCUCACUUAAUUCAUGCAGGUGGAAGUAAAUUUACAAUCAUUAUGUGGAAAUUAUCCCAAGUAGUUGUAAGAAGAUAUAUUAUGCGAGAAACUAUCUAUGAUGUUGCGUUUGCACCACAAGUAGGAAAUAAAGGAAAUCUAGCAAAACAAUUUUUACAAGAAAUUAAUGCAAGAAUUGAUUCCAAUAUUUUGAAUCAACAUAAAAAUUUAUCCAGAAUGAAGGAUAUAGUUGAAUCUGUUUUAAAGAACGAGAAGGAAACAUUAGAUAAUAUUAUAGCAGAUAUUUUUGAAAAAGAACUAUUAAUUGCAAGUCUCUCAGAAACUGCACCUGUACAUGAUUCAAUUAAGAAAUAUUUAAGGGACAUAAAUAAUGAUAAAAUAAUAAAAACAUGGAAAAUGAAUAUAAGUAAAAGCUUAAACAAAAUACAAAUACAAAAUAAAGCUUUAAGAGAUGUAGAGCAGGUCAUGUAUGAAGUGAAUAAUAUAAUCACAAAUAAUAGUAGUGAUAUUAAAAUAUUAAAUGCAAAACCAUUACAAAAAAUAAAUCAUUUGGAAAUUUCAGAAUUAUUUUCUCCAGAUAUGCAAUGUCUUCUAUUUCAAUUAUAUAAGGAUGAUAAAUUAAUGCUAAAUAAUUUUAUUCUAUUAUUUAAUUUUCUCCUGACUCAGUUGCAAAACCAAUUGAAAUUAAAUAUAUUAGAGGACUUUUCGGAAUGUUUAUUACAAAUAGAAGCUAGUCAUACAGAUCUAAAAGCAGCGCUCGAUAUAAUUCAAACAUAUCUGACAGAUAUCACUAAAAUAGUAUCUGAGACACAAGAUAUUUUAUGUCAGAAAAAUAUAAUACAAAUCCAUGAUGAUGAUAUAUUACCUAUGAUGAAUGUGGUCAUGUCAUCGCCUCUCAUUAAAAUUGAUACUGAUUAUAGUGAUGAAGGAAGUAAUCUUCAGAAACGACUGCAAUUAACUCCAGUAGAAGCUCCACAUAAAUCACUAUUUUCGAGGUAUGAACGGCUAAAACAAAAUCGAGCAUCACAUGGACCAAAAUUAAGAGAAAAUUUAUUAGUAUCACGAAUCAAUUUUAAAGACACAAUUACAAGUGUAAAUAGUGAACAGUCAUCCUUAGAUACGCAUAUGGUCUUAUCUAAAAAAAAUGUAUUGUCUUCCAAACAUGCAGAAAAAUAUUCACGAUUAUUUUCGACUCGUAUAAAAAGAAAUAAUAUAACAGCAACAGCAGCAGCAAACUCAAGCAUAAUAUCUAUACCUUGUUCUUCAAAUGCGAAUUCUACAGCAAUUACAAAUUGCAUAAUUGAAGAAAUGCAUGAUAUAUCAGAGCUUAGUCUAAACAUUUCAACAAAAAGUCUUUGUAACAUAAAUGUAGAAUUUGCCACACCAAAAAAAUUGGUCGCCGAACAAGAUAAAUCUGAAAACAUAUUGGAAAUGGAAGAUGUAGUAAAUGAUCUUCCAAAUAAAGCUAAUGUGAUUGAUAUAUGUGACACAAUAGAUGUAGAGAUUAAAAAUAAUGACGAUGAUGCUAUCAGUAAAACCGAACAAAGUAAACAUCGCAGACGUUCAAUCGGUGAUUUAGUUGAACGUUAUAAAAAGUUACUUGAAUUAAGCAAUCGGACAUCAAAUCAAAAAUUAGUUACAUAAAAUAAAUAAUUGUAAGAAUUUACAAACAUGUAUGCAAUGAAAUACAUUUUUAUAUUUUUUUUUUAAAUGAA